AUGUCCAUUGGCGAACGCCAUCUCGGUCUGACCCGAUCGUCUUCUUCGCCCUCCCAUCCAAUUCGGUAUCUCCCACCUGCGGCUGCUCGACCAGUCCCCAUCGUGCAAUACGGCUGGGCGGCGCGCGACAUAGCCAACGUGCUCGUCGACGGCGUCGACGUGAUCCACAUGCGCUACGGCGUCGCGGAGACGCAGACCGACACGGCGGACCUGGCGCGCACGGUGCGCAACGUAACCUUCCGAAACAUACGCGCGAGCGGCGUCGGCGGGAAUCUCAUGCGCAUCGUGCCCCUCGCGAACCACGAGGACGUGCGGCUUGAGAAUAUUAGCCUUGAUGCUUUUAGCGUGCGCUCUACGGGGAUUUACGAGAGUCAGUUCCCGUUGUGGAUGGGCGGGGACGGGACGCCUGUCGCUGUGAGUGGGUUUGUUAUUGAGGGGUUCUCUGUGGGCGGUGUGAGGAUCGACGCGGAGAAUUAUGCCGAUGCUGGGGGGCUUAGUAUUGCCGAGGAGUGUUUGGCGGAUGGCAGGGUUGUGAUUAUAUGA